AUGGAGUCGUGUGCAGUUAGAGGAGAACUUCCACUCGGCUUAUCAACAGCUACAAACGGCUCAGAAGAAAGAUCAAUGAACAGGAGAAGAAAAUCACAGUUUCAGACUCAAUACGAGAUUGCGAUCGUCCGUUAUGGAACGAAAAGCAAAAGAAGAUGCCUACGUGGCCAGAGAAAAGUACGAAGAACUAGAGCGAGAAAACCAAGUUCUUGCCUUGAAGUUGAAAACAGUGAAGCACCAGAUUCUGACCUACACGACUCCUGCAGCUCGGGCAGUAACAGCAUCAGCGAUGACGGUGAGUUGUUGCAUUGA